AUGGUAUCACAACCUUUUUUAGAACAAUUUAAGCAUAUUUUCGAAACUUUAUUAUUUCAGACUGAUGAAGAUAGUGGUGUGGUUUUAUUUGAUUGUUCCGUAAGAUUAUAUUGUUAUGCUGAUAUUGAUUCAAUGUGUGCUGCUGAAAUAUUGAAAAAAUUAUUUUUCCAAGAACACGUCAUUUGGACCUUAAAACCAAUAAGAACUUACGAUGACUUUGAUAGAAGGGAUUUUAAACCAAGUCCAGAUACGAAAUCGUUACGAGCUAUAAUUUUAUUGAAUUUUGGAUCAAACUUGGAGCUUGCCAGAGAGUUUGAUCUAACAGACAAUCCGCACGUAAAUAUUUAUGUGAUCGAUAGUCUCCACCCAGUCAAUUUGACAAACCUUUAUGAUAGAAAUUCUAAUAUAUUUAUUGUGUAUGACGAAGAGUCAUCGGAAUAUCCGGAAUAUAUAACGAAGGCUUUAAAGAAGGAAAGUGAAGAAGAGUUUCAAUAUAAUUCCGUUUUUACAGAUGAUUUCGGACGUCCAAUAACAUUGGAUGAGGCAGACAAUAUCGAAAAAGAACCUAAAAGACGUUAUGGAACUUCAAUUGCGUUAAUGACGUAUAUGCUUGCUUCAAAACUUCUGCUCAAGGAUAAUAACAUGUUAUGGCUAGCGAUAAUCGGUCACACGAGCUUAUAUAUAACCAAGAGACUUCCUUUACUAGAUUAUAAAAAUCAUGUAGAUACUUUAGAUGCGGAAGUAAAAGAACUCAAUGAUUUAUAUAUAUCAAAUCGUCUACAUAGGCAUAAAGCUAAAAUGUCAAGGGAAUAUUUUCCCGCCAUGGAUGUUGAAGUUGCGAAUCGCUUGGCUGAAAUGAUAAAUUCCGAAGGACCAAAAUAUAAAUUUGACAUACCAUUAUAUGAUGGUUGGGCGAAAUUCUAUGGUUAUAAACUUCCAACGUUCUCGGCAAGCGAUGCUGUCUAUGGGUUAAUAACCUUACUGAAAACUAAACCAUCUGCUUCAGUUGAAUUUGGGGUUGAAAUUCAGUGGGUAAAUGAUUUUAAAGGCAAAUUCGAGUGGCUAAAUAAUUUUCACACUGCUCUUGAUGCCUUAGACAGUAAAAGCGGAUGGAUACUGUUAAAGGCAUCGAUCGAUCUAAGGAAAAAACUACAACCGCUUAUUAUAAACGGUGGAGCAAGAGAUUAUUGCUUAUUUUUUUAA